AUCUAAUGAUAAUACGAGAAAUUUAGGGAUGAAAUUUCUUAUUAGAAACCAUGCUCCAAGAAAAACGUAUUUAUAAUUCAUGGUCAUUCAAAUAAGUCUCAAGUAACGAUAAAGAACAACGGUUAGUUUGUAUGGUCAUCUUCAGUAUAGGUUAGAUUCUCGGAAAAAAUACUACUCUGCCUGAGGCGGAACCUGCAAUUUUCUCGGGAAGAUUUACUAAAACGUUUACCCCAUAAUAAAAUCUUUCCAUGGAAUAAUAUUAUUAAUCAAAUGGUACACUUUUAGAAGUAAUGGAGAUGAAGGAAAUAUUGAUUAGAAGGCAUACAAGAUUAAAACAUUAAAUUGUUUAAAUAAGAAUUGGUUGUUCUUCAUUUUUUUUGGUAUAUCAUAUUAAUUUAUAGAUUUAGAAUAUUAUACCAACAAAUUGAUUAAUAUGCUGGUGCUUACAGAUCAUCCACAUAUAGAAAAUUCGAAAGAUGCAUAUUCAUAUGACAUUACAGAGAUUGGCCCUUUUGAGAAAAGUUCUUUCACCAGCCCAAAUUCUUCCCAUAAUCAUAAACAAGGACUUGAUAAAAGACCACCAUUAGAAUAUAGGGCCACAGAAACUGAUGAAAUAGCAUUCGAACAUCAUGAUACUUCUGAAGAAGAAGAAAUUGGACUGAUACUGAACUUUGAAGUUGAGGAAAGCAUUUCUGAAUUAGGACCAUUAUCAUUUACAAACCCUCCUGGGAAUUUGCAUAGAGUCAUAACAGCUUGUAUAUGGGUUUUUACUUUAGGUUGUUCUGAUGGAUCAGUUGGAGUUUUAUUGAAUUAUAUUGAGGAACAAUAUAAUAUAUCAUACAGUAUUUCAUCAUUGCUUUGGUUGAGUAAUGCUGUGGGUUAUAUCAUUGUUGCAGCUUUGGCAAGUAAAAUUCAAACUCAUCUUGGAAGAAAAUCCACUACUAUAGGAUGUAUUUUUUCAAUUGUGAUGUACUCCUUAGUACUGUCUGGACUGAAAUUUCCAGUUAUAGUGCUUGGGUUUUUCUUUGGAGGUAUUGGAGUUGGAAUUUGUGUAUCUCAAUUUAAUGUGUUUGUUAGUAGAUUGGAAAAAUCCUCGACUGCUUUGGGCUAUUUUCAUGGCUGUUAUGGAUUAGGUGCAUCGGUUUCACCAUUAAUGGCUACAGCCUUUGUUGAAGCGGGCAUUAAAUGGCAUUAUUACUAUGUUAUUUUAAUCGGCUUAAUGAUAUUUAAUACUGGUAAUACUUAUUAUGCGUUCAUUAGAAAGGGUGAUGAAUUGAUACCUUGGGACAUGGCAGAAUCAACUAAUCUGACAAAUGUAACGGUAGAACGUGGAUUAAUGAAAGAAGCAAUUAAAAACAAAUUAACCUGGAUGACAUCUUUUUUUGUAUUGUUUUAUCAAGGAGCAGAGGUUGCAGUUGGUGGUUGGAUAACAACUUAUUUUAGAGAUUUCCGUCAACAUAAGGAAGCUUCUGUUGGAUAUAUUGCUUCAGGGUAUUGGUUUGGAAUCACAUUUGGGAGAUUGGUGCUCACAAGACUUAUCCAUAAAUUAAUUGGAGCAAGGAGAGGAAAUUCCUUGCUUGCAGUGUCUGCCAUUGUAUUUCUUCUAUUGACAUGGUUGGUUCCUAGCUUACCUCUAGAAAUUCUUACAAUAACUCUAGCUGGUAUUUCUAUAGGUCCAAUUUAUCCUUUACUAAUGACUUAUGUAGUUCUGGAAGGGUUAUUACCAAGAAAAAUUCAAAUUGUAUCAUUAACAAUAACUACAGCGUUUGGGUCAUCUGGUGGAGCAGUCUUUCCAUUUUUUGUGGGCUUGAUCUCUCAAUUUGCUGGAACCUUUGUUGUUUUCCCACUGAGUAUUGCCCUAUUUUCAGCUACGCUUGUGCUUUGGUUGUCGAUGCCAAAUACUAAAUAUAGAAAUAUUGGUCAAACAAAAUUAGAAAGAUUGAAACAUAUUUGGUAGCCU